AUGGCCGUUAAUGGGAAGCGGCAUGAAAGUGCCGAAGCAACAGUGUGGUCAGGAGAUGGAAAAACACAGGACGAGUUGAUGAUGAAGGACGAGUGCAUAUUGGUCAACUACAUGGACGAGGUGGUUGGCCACAACAACAAGUACAACUGUCACAAGUUUGCACCCGGCCAACCGCGUGGCUUGUUGCACAGAGCCUUUUCCGUGCUGUUCUUCGAUAGCGAAAAUCGUUUGCUGCUCCAGCAGAGGGCGCGCAGCAAGAUCACAUUCCCUUUAGUAUGGACCAACACGUGUUGCAGCCAUCCUCUCUACGGCAUGAAACCGGGAGAAGUGGACGAGCCGGAGGCGAUCUCGGCCGGUGAUCCAAAAGGUGUCAAGGCCGCAGCAGUUCGUAAACUCGGCCAUGAGUUGGGUAUCCCAGCCGCUUCGCUGGAUGUCUCGCGGUUCAAAUUCCUGACCCGCGUCCACUACUGGGCGGUCGAUGUCAGGACACACGGGACCGAGGCCGUUUGGGGCGAGCAUGAGAUUGACCACAUUCUGUUGUACCGGCUGGACCCUGGAGAGACACUCCCGCUAAAGCCAAAUCCAGACGAAGUCGAGGACACACGCUGGCUUACGAGGGACGAAUUGAAAGAGGCCAUGAAGGGAUCGGGGGAGAUGCCGUUGUGGUCGCCGUGGUUCAAGAUCAUCAACGAACGGCUGUUGGAUGCGUGGUGGCAGGAUUUGGACAGUGCUCUUUCGACAGACAAGUACGUCGACGUCUCCUCCAUCCAUCGUUUUGACACGGCGCCGGAGUUCCACGGUGGUCUCGGCAAAGCGAGGCCUUGGUUAGACAAGGUGGCCGAGGUGGAGGCAGAAGCCAUCAAGGCAGGUGGGCAAGUCCAAAGACGAAAGGCAAUGCUUGAGGCUGAGCACGAAGAUCGUGUAGUGGGCUUCGUUGGAAGAGGGCAAGCAGAAAUUGGAUCUUCUGCAGGCGAUGUCAAGCAAGGGGGCUACGGAAAGGUGCCAACACACAAGAACCCAAAGCUGGACCAGCUGAUGAGGCCUUUGGAGAUCAUCUCGGCCCUUCGUUUGAAGUGCACCGGAUUGUUAGAGAACAACAUCAAGGAUCAGCAGGAUCCAGACGUCGAAUUCUGCGACGACAUGCUUGGAAAGGUUUCCAGAUCCUUUGCAGCUGUGAUCCGACAGCUGCCAACGCAGUUGGGCAUCGACAUUUGCAUCUUCUACUUGGCACUUCGUGCUCUAGACACAGUCGAGGAUGACAUGGAGGCAUACAAAGGCCGCGAAACCGAGAAGCAGGAGGAGUUGAUCCAUUUUGGUGAGAAAAGGCUGGGUGAUGUCAACUGCAGCAUCAAAGGUGUUGGCGCUGCAGACGAACGGACGCUUGUGGAGCAAUUCGGGCGCGUGGCCCGGGUCUACCUCAAGCUUCCCCCAGGCAGCAAGGGCGUAAUCAAGGACAUCACCGACAAAAUGGGUGCCGGUAUGGCCGAGUAUGUGUCUGCAGAUUUGGCACAGGGAACUGUGGACCAAGCAGCUUACGACCGCUACUGCCACAUGGUCGCCGGCCUUGUCGGAGAGGGUUUGACGCGGAUCUUCGUGGCAAGUGGACUUGAGGGCAGCGAGCUUGCAGGACAAGGCGAACGAUGCUGGCCAUUCUGUGCCGAUCCAAAAAAGGAUCCUGCAAAUCUUGGUCUAGCCAACUCCAUGGGCCUCUUCUUGCAGAAGACGAACAUCAUUCGUGAUUACUUGGAGGAUUACGUAGAUGGACGUGCCUUCUGGCCACAAACAGUCUGGAAGAACUACGCUUGCUCCAACGAUUUGGGCGAGUUUGCUCUGCCCACGGCGCAUGCUGCAGGAACUCGCCUUGCAGUUAAAGCUGGGGGCGAGAAUCUUGCCAAAGGUGUUGGAGAGCAGGCUCUGCUGUGCCUAAACGACUUGGUUGCCGACGCCUUGGAGCUUGUUCCUGACUCGCUAGAGUACUUGGAGCGUGUGAAGACAGCGUCCAUUUACAGAUUCUGCGCCAUUCCCCAGGUGAUGGCAAUUGCAACUUUGGCGGCCUGUUUCGAUAACCCCUUGGUGUUCACCGGCGUUGUCAAGAUUCGCAAGGGGCUGACUGCGCGUCUCAUCGUGGCAUGCUGCGACGGUCCGGACGCUGUACACUUUUGGUUCCGAUCCUUCGCUGAAGAGAUUCUGUCUUCAGUUUCGAAGGGGAAGUGCGCAGGAGCUGCCGGGCCCAUCGGAAAGCGGCUCGAAAAGAGCUGUGUGCGCAUCCUUGAGAGGACGCAGAAGCGAUCGGAAGCCUGGAGCAGCAAGCAGACGCAGAAGCGCUUCGUCGCUGGCGCUUUUACUGCCCUGGCGGUCUCCUCCCUUUUCCUGCGUGACCAAAGCUCGAGGCUCCCUGCCGUUGCCAUCUUUGCGGCAGCACCUGUGGCAUCCGGCGCAGGUAGCGUGCAACUCAUCAAGUGCAUCGCUGUUGGGGCAGAUCUUCUGCCCUGGGGCCCUCAGACGCAGGACCGACGAUUUUAUCACAACCGUGGUGUACGCAUGCUGACGCUGCAGCGCGACAGAUCGGUAACAGAUUUCGCCGAAGAGAUUCUGUCUUUGGUUUCGCUGAGUUCUCAGAGUUUCCAAGAAGAUUCUGCUUACAACACCUUCCAAGCCGACGGAGGAACGGGAAGCGUGCUAGAGUUGCUGCCCCAUCGGAAAGCGGACGCAGAAGGGAUCGGAAUCCUGGAGCAGCAAGCAGACGCAGGCAACAUUCAUGAUCUGAAGGGCCAUAAGCGCUUCGUCGCUGGCGCUUUUGACUGCCCUGGCAGCUUCGACCUCAUCUGCAGGUUGAUGUGGCUAUGCCCUGCUCGAAAUGUGGACUCGACAGCUGAGGGCUUCGUUUGGAGCAGACAUGCUUUUACGGGAUCGGAUUUGCUGCUUGUGGAUUUGUUCCUGUGGCCCAGCGCAGUGCUCGUCCUCGUGAUCGAGCUCUGCCAGUCUGCUCCGCGGGGGCCGAUGCUGUAUGAUGCCCGGUGUAGCUGCUGCAGGUCUCUGAUCGAGCAGGUCUGUAAGCUGAGCGCCGAGAAGGAUCAGCUGCUUCACGAGUGCGGCAACCUUCGCCGUGACAGCAACGCUCAGUGGACCGAGAUCGAGAUGCUACAAAAUGCGUGCAUCAAUCUCCACUUUCAGAACGAGAAACUUGGCGCAGUGUGCAGCAAUCUUUCUUUGCAAAACCAUGCCCUUUGGACUCGCAGUGAGAAGCGACGCAAAGAGUGCCACAAGCUUCGCCGUGAUAGCGAGCAGCUGAGCAAAAAGCUACGCAUCCAGGAGGAGCGGCUUUUUCAGACCAAGCACUCCUCCGACAUGAUGUGUGUUGAUUCGCCUGGAGCGCUCCGGGCCGACAUGGUCGAAGUUCAUGAGGGCAACUCAAGUCUGGCUGAGAUGACUGGCCCCAAGCGAGAAAGCCCAGACUCCAUGGACUCGGUUGGUGCACACGAGAGUGGUUCUGCAGCUGAGCAGGUGCAGGUGGGUGAAAGCAGCCCAGCUUCGCCUGCGCAGCCAGUGCCGGUGCCAGCCGUUAAACCGCCCGACAAGCCCGUUCAUGACCGGCGCUACAGCUGGGACUGCGCUUCCUUGUCCACCUAUGCAGACCCCGAUGCUCUUGACAGCGACGGCGAGGCAUCCACCGCAUCCCAGUCCCAAGACAUUCCCAGCCCUCAAGCCAUGCGCUGCCUCGACUCCAAGGACGACGAGGAGCGACCUCUGUCAUUGCCGCGUGCUGCGGUGAUGAGCCGGACGUGGGUGCAUCCACUUCUCCCCAUGACGCCGAUGCAUGCAAGCAAGGAUGAGCCGAAGAAGCUUCCGCGCAAAGUUGUUCGGCGCAGACGGAACAUGACCUUGGCCCAGCACCUGGCCAUCUUGCAGGAGAUGAGCGGGGACGAGGAUCCGGAAUCGCUGCAAGGCACACAGUGUGCGAAGGACGACUCUCAGAUGAGGAUGAAUUGCCGGGCAACGGAUGCCGUGAGUCUGGACCUUUCAUGCCUCAUCUUGCCCAGCCUGUUGGAGUACCUCACUGUGGAUGACAUUCUGGAGUGGCGUGUGACAUCGCGGCAGACCCGAAGUCCCAGGGUUUUGCUUCGGCAUAUUGCUGAAAUUGGAAGGUUGGACAGGUCCGAGUCAAUUCUCGAUUUUUCUACAAAGCUUGAACUCACUGGUGUUCACGGCGCUACCUUCGAUGCCGACGUCUGCGGAAACGACGUAGAGCAGAUAAAGUACUAUGACUGUCAGUGGUGGUGCAUGCGGCUGGCGAGAGCCAGAGAAACCCAUUUUGCAGAAAGCGAUGCCUUCGAAAUUGUCUGUCCAAACCUCCGAGACGUGCUUCGGCACUGUGCCGACGAGGAUGCAUCCGUGAGGAGCUCUGCGCACCACAUUGUUGCUAACUAUGGUCAAGGUGGCCUCCCGUUUGUGCGGCAAAUGAUUGCAGAUGCCAUGUUGACGCUGAUGGGGCACGUGCUGUCAGACUCCACCGGAAUCAGCCAAGCGACCUUGCGGCAGGUAAUGCAGUGCACAGGCCACCUUGACAACGUUGUACGUACACUGGCGAAGCCUCAGCGGCAAAAGUGGGUGUCCCUGCUGGUCCAAGCCCUUGAGAGCCUGGGGGGUCAGGAAUCAGAGACGUUGACUUUGAUUUCUGACUUGAAGCUCCUGUGGCGAGCUGAUGACGAUCCCAGUCGGAGCUACGCAGAAGCAGAGCAGCAGCUGAAGGCUUUGAAGAAGCAGGCCAGCGGAGACGUUCGGGAUGCUCUCUGGGACCUGCUAUGCUGCUGA